AUGAAUAUUAUGAUCUCUAUUGUAUGCGCUGCGACUGCAGACUGGGGCGCCCCUGUUGACAACUUCCACAUUAUUUGUCUCAUCCGCUGUACAGCGCAGCAAACUCGCAACGGUCGGUUGGACUUUGCCAGCUGGCGCUCAACAGACGAAACUUGCCAACUGAAUCAGUCGUUUUUCAACGAGGAAAAGGAGAGGGAACUAGCGCUCAGACAGCACGGGCAACAGCACGGGCAUCAGCAUGGACGGGGGAGCGUCGACUACCGGAGGUGCUUGAGAGCGCAGGCAAACAUCGCCAACGAGACGCGAGAAACGGGGAACUCGGCAUGGGGCAGAGGCGUGAGGUCUCGCCAGGCGACGUGGCUGCGGGGCGCGGACAAGCUGUCGUGGAGCCUACCUGAGCAACAGUUCAAGCAGGUCAAGGCGUACACCCCUGUCUGCAAGGUACACGUGUACGUCACCGACCCCAACUCCCCCACAAUGGACACCUCCGAUUCGGUGGGCUGGUUCAUCGUCGACAUGCGAGACCUCGCCGGGCAGCGUCAGCAAGAGCGCUGGGUCAAGCUCCAGGGCGCCAGCCCCGCGGAGGUGCUGAUAUCCUCCAGCUUGGCCAUGGCGCGCGACCCGCAGGAGGACCCGGGUAGAGAAGGGUACGAGCAACAAGGCCGACCGAACAGCGGCACGGGCGGUCACCGGGGGAAUGAUUCGGCGAAACUCCCCGCUUCGGGAGCAAGCUUCGAAGGUGGUUCUCCGACGGCCGCGUCGGAACGAACGAUGCCGUUACCCGUCGCUGCCGCAGCAGCAGCAGGGCUGGAAGACGACGAGGUUGCCGUCCAUACCGGGGUCGACAGCACCGCCUCCGAAGCCGAGGCGCCUUUAGCAGCCUCGACUGCUGUCGACGCGGUGUCCGACCUCGACGCCCUACCGGUUGGGCCGGGCGCGGACGGGCAGGACGCCCGGACGUUCUCGCUAGCCAUCUCCGUCAAGGGGGCUGCGGGACUGUCAGGUUUGGCGGCUGCGGUGGCCGGCGGCGAUGGGGGUGGCCCCGCGGGGUUCUGGCUGAGCUACUCUAUCUUCGGCGUGGUGGUGCAGACGGAUAGGUUCGAGAGCUUGGGGCCGCCGCCGCCGGGGGGGGGUGCGGUGCUGGAGCCGAUGAUGGACUCCUUUCGGCUGCGGGCGACCCUGCAGGGGCUAUGCCGCUUCCUGGCCGAGGCCCCGCCGCUGCAGGUCUACCUCUGCACGGAAGGACGCAUCCUGGCGCACGCAGACGUGGACAUGUCUCUGCUGCUACCGACAGAGGAGUGGCAGGGCCGCAGCACGUGCGAGUUUGGCAGCACCGGGAUGGAGGGAGACUUCCAGCUCCACCUCCCCGGCGAGCCCCUGGCGGCCCCGCAGCAACGAGACGAGUACGACGGAGGGGGGGAGGAAGAGUCACGGGACCCCCCGGUUGUCUCCAUCUGCGCCGAGCUGACGAAGGCUGAUUCCGAACCUGGGCCUGGCGACGAGCUUGUUGGGAGCCCCGAUGCCGGCGGGCUGUGGCCGGCGACGGCGACGGCGGCAGCGGCGGCCAUGGGCAGGACCGAGGGCUCAGCCGGCGCGAGCGGCGUGAAGACAUGGUCGCGCCUUGCGGUAGUUGGGAAGAGAGUUGGACGGGCGGUCGCCAUCACGGCGGCGCUGCAGCGGCUAGAGCUCAGGCCGGUUGAUGACCCAGGCAGCGGAGACGGUUCGGCGCUGAGCAACCGCGUCAACGGCGGCGGCGGUGUUCUGGUGGGAAUCACUGACGCCACGAGAGAGCUGUUGCUGUCUGCAAAAACCGGCGGUGCGGCCACGGCAACCGAUGCAAUCGCGGGAGUGGCUAACGCUAACCCUUCCGCGUCCUUCCGGGAAAGCUUCCGGGUGGUUGGCUGCGGCGAGCGGGGGGAGGUAGACACCGAAGACAGCGACUUCCUGGAGACCAUCACCUGGGAGUGGGAAGGGGAACCGCCGAACCCCGGAAGGGAGGGGGGCGUCGGCGGGGUCCUUGCGGCCGUCCAGGUGCUCGGCGGCUCUGGAGCCCGACACGGUGACGUCACGAUCGCGACGGGCGUGGUGCCGUGGCCUUCCUCGGCCUGCGGCGGUCGGCAGCACGUCAACGUCAAGCUCAUGUCACCCGAAGGGAACGAGGCGGAGGAGCCGCCAGUGGUCGGGAGUGGGGCGGUGGCGGGGGGCGCGGUGCCGCGCCGCUAUCGGAUGUCCAUCAACCUGGCAUCGGUCAAGGACCUCGAGAACGCGGCUUACGUGGUGGCCUGUUACCACUACCCUUACUUCGGGACUUCGGCUCCGGUGCGAACUUCCAUGGUGUGGGCGGCUCCCCGGAUGGACACGCCUCUCUCGAACUCGUGCUGCACGUUCUCCUUCGGGAUGAGCUUCGACCGCCUCGCCGCUACCGUGCAGGACAGGAGUAUGGUGGUUUCGCUUCGGAAUAAGGAUCGUUUCAAGGAAGAGGAGGUUGGGGUUGUUACCAUACCCCUGCAGGAUGUCGUGGAAUCUCCCCCGCAGUACUUCCGCUGCAGAGACACCGGCAAGACGUUCACGUCCAUGGCCGGCUUCAAAGCGCACCUCAAGGCCCGGCAAAGGGCGGGCGUUAUCACACCCGGGAACGCAUCUGGAUCAUCCCCUGUUGAGGUCAAGGUCUUGGACCGAUACCUGACUGUGGCGAGCGUCAACAACGAACGCGAUAACAACGACCAAGUGGCGACAUCGCCGCCGUCUUCCCUGCCAUCACGGCUGUGCUCCCUUCGUGUGAUCCUUCUCCUGGAAGACAUGGGGCCUACUGGUGACCCCAACGAUCAGGCGAAUCUUCCAGGCUUAAGCCAGACCAUCGAUCCCAUGCGGCCAUCAUCAGCACCACCGAUGCCACUAGUGCCGCCAACUGCACAAUCACCAGAGGCGAGGUCGACGGGGACAGGGAUGGCGACAGGGGCAGGGGCAGGACUACCACAGGCAGCGGCGGCAGCGGUAGAGGCGAAGGCAGCGAGGGCCGAAGCGGAGGUAGAUCUCGAACGUGCUCGAGUGGAGUGGGAGAGAUGGAGGGUCGUCGAGGAAGCCAAGUUCGCCAAGCGCCUGCGGGAAAAGGACGAAGCUCUCGAGCAGAAGUGGGAGGCGAGGGAGGCGACCAGACGACGAGAGCUGAGCCACGCACAAGCCGACUACUCGAAGCUGGAGGGCAAGCUUCGGAAGGCGCUGUCCGAAGUAGGGGCGAGGGAACGGCAGCUAAAGGCUCGAGAGGAGUCUUGGAAGACCGACCACGCUCAAAAACUGUCGGAGUUGCAGCUGCUGCAGAGACGACUGAGGGAGGAGACCAAACACCAGGUGGACCUAGAGCGAAUGAAGGUGAAAGCCUUGGAGAAGCAAGUUGCCAGCCACGCCAAGUCUUUGGAAGAUGCCCGUGCUAGGGCAGCUGCCACAGACGAGGAUCUGGAGCGUUUCAGGCAGCAGCAGAGAAGAACGCCGGAGGGAGGCCUGAGGCAGGAGGUGUAUCGGUUGGGGGCAGCCAAGGCCGAAGCGGAGGCACAGAUUGAGCGAGAGCGGAGCUUGAAGAACAAGGCCUUGCUAGAAAAGGAGGAGUACCGAGCCAACAUCCACAAGCUGGCUAGGGCUCUCAGGCAUCAUCAGGAGCGUGAGACGACCUGCGCGCGUCGCGAGAUGGAGCAGCUCCGGCUGGAGUACCUAGCAAGGGAGGAACGGUUCAUGCUGGAUGGUGAUAGGAACGAGCUACGCACCAUAAAGCAGGAGCUGGACGAACUCAGACACGUGAGCUUGGUACAAGAAGCUCAGGCCGGCCUAGCCAAGAUCAACCCUAGCACCAUCGCAGAUGCUACCCCGACGAUCACGCAACCCCCUCUCGUGGACACCAGGGGGCCACGCAGAGGAGAAUCGCCCCCCCCCACUACCAACCCGGCGUUCCCCGACCCGGGGCCUUCUCCCAGCCUUCCCCCUAGACCCACUCCUGCCCCUGCCCAAGUUUCCGUUCAGCAGCGGCGGGAAUCAGGGCCGGCCUCUCACGGGGGCUCCGUGGAUGCUGAUGUUGAUUGUGGAGGGGGAGCUUCGGCGUCCGGCCCGCUGGGAGGCGACGUUGACGGAUCUACAGAGAUGAGGCGACUGAUAGAGUGGCGGGACGAGCUGCUUGCCACCGGGAUGUACACGCCGCAGAACCCCAUCGUGAGCGAGCUAAACCGUCGCAUCUCCUUGGCGGGCGGGAGCGUCGGCGGGCGGGGUUCGAGCCUACUGCAGAGAGAGGAGUGA